UCUAAUUUCACUUUGCAGCUUGCCGAAAAAUAAACUUGUAAACUCGCUUUGUCGGUUGUCUUACUUUUCAUGUCCCGCGGACAUAUGCCGACUUGUAUCUUUUAAAUGUACAGCUGUUAGCAUGAGCUAACUAUUUAAAGCCAUGGCCGAACAUCCAUCAGUAGGCAGCUAGCAAGCCUAGCUAAAGAGCUAGCUAUCAUUAACGUUACCUGCUUUCCCAAGUAAAUCAGAAAGCGCCAUUUUUGGACUUUCUUCAGGACUUUACACACGGAGGAUAAGUUGUUGCUUAUCAUUCGCGUCAUAAUGUCUUUAUCUUCUUUCGCCACAGUUUUUACUGUGGUUUCUAACGUCUUUGCCACUUGGAAAGACAAAAGUUGAGCUUAGACCCCACCUCGACUUUCUCAGAGACCAGGACAGAACCUGCUCACCAUGAUGUGGAUGUCCAUUGCUGUUUUCCUGCUGUGGAUGAGGGCAGGAGGAUGCGCAGAGACAGCCAACACCUCAGACCUAAUUGAAUACACAGCUGCAGAUUUCUAUGAGAAUCUGUAUUCUGGGAAGAUGAUGUUUAUCUAUUUCGAGCGUCAAGUCUCUCCAACCAUCUCUCUCUUCUUGGUGGAGUUGGAAAAGUCUGCUGACGCUCUGAAGGAUUAUGGGGUACUGGUUGGCAAGGUCAACUGCAAUAAAGAGCUGGUUCGCCCAUACUGCACAGAGGAAAGGGUGCAGCAUACAGCAUUUCUGUUCAGGGAUGGGAAAGAGUUCUUGGGAUUUGACUUGGACACCGUGUUUGAUGUCAACUCCAUUGUCUCUGAAGUCCUGUUUGCCAUUCUGCGGGAAGAGGUCAAGUACGUCCACACAGACGGUGACCUCCUGGCCUUGGAGAAGACGGCCAAGGGGAAGAAGGACAUCGUGCUGGGUUACGUCCGCAGUCUGGGAACGCAAGAGCACAGAUCAAUGAUGGAGACGGCGUAUGUGUACGGAACCAAAUACCAGUUCAUCCUCAUAACUGGAGGCCCAGUUUUGAAGUACUUAGGUGUUAAUGAUGCGUCUCUCUCGUCUCAAGUCUGGUUCCUCCACUGUCGAGUUCACAGUCGGUUCCAGACCCCGCUGACCUCUGAGCGCUGCCCUUUGACCCGUAUGAGGAAGCCCCUGUCCACCCUCAGCCUCCACUCCUUCCUGCAGCUCAUGGAGGCUCCACUAGUGUCUGAAGUUUAUGAGGACCCCUCCUCGGUCCCGGCUCCACAGUUCCCCUACCAGCAGACCCCCCAGGUCUUCCUGUUCUCUCGUCCCGCGACCAAGCACCUGGACAUGGACACAGCCACCACUCUGGCCUGGAGGCUCCGUGGCCUCGCCCUGCUGGUGCUCGUACACAGGCAGAGUCCUGCAGUGAAAACCCCAGAUGAAUACAAUGUUGCUUACAGGCUGCCUGAGCAGAGUUCUGAGGUGAAGUAUUUGACCUUACACAACCUCGAUGACGUGCUGGAGCUCUUCACAAACAAAGAGGAAGAGGUGGAUGACGAGGAGGACCAGGAUGAUAAGAUGGAGGAAGAGGAGAAGGAUUCACAUUUUGGCAAGCUGGAUGAUGAAAUUGCGGCGUCUCUCUACAACAACCGCCUCGACAUGCUGGACAUGGACUCGAUCAUCCAACUAACUGCGGACAACUUCCAUGCCACAGUCGCUCAAAGCAGCCUCACAGUGGCGCUCUUCUACCUCAAAUGGGAUGCUGUUUCGAUGGCUUUCCUCAACUCCUUCCUUGAAGUUGCAGAAAGACUUGCAGAUUCCACGGUCCAGAUGAGUGUGGUCGACUGUGGAGAGUGGCCCGACCUCUGCGCUGCUCAGCAAGGAGACUCCCAGCCGAUCCCAUUCCAGCCAGUCACGGCCUUCCCCACCGUCUUGCUGCUCCGCCCCCAGGAGUCGGCCCAGCGCUACACAGGCAUGCUGGGACCUGAGGCGCUGCAUCGCUUCAUCAUGCUGAGCCUCCAAGCUUCUCCUGCGAGCCUGUCGACUCAAGAGGAAGUGACAUCAUUCCUUCAGGAAGUGCCUCACCCUGAGAUUGCAGGCUAUAAGUGUGACAGAGUACUGGGACUGUUCAAGACACAAGCACACACAGGUGUAUCAGUGUUUACUGAAGCAGCAAAGUCGUUGAGAGGAGAGGCGCUGACUGGACUGCUGACAGAUGGGCUGGCAGAGAAAUGGGCGGCAGAACACGCCGUGGACCUGCCCGCAGUGUUUGUGUUUCCAUCUUGGAAGACUGACACUCAUCCUUCCGCACUGUCUGUGUCCACCUCUGCUGAAGAGCUGGUCCUACGCAUUAACGCUGCACUGCUGCAGCCAAUGCCCGAGCUGACGGUGGAAAACCUGCCGUCCUUCCUCUCCCUGGGUAAAGCCCUUCUCCUCCUCUUCGUGGGAGAGGAGGAGGAUGAGAUCGGGCGGAGGCAGAACCAGGUGCUGGUGGAGGAGAUGAAAGGGGUGGAAAAGAUGGGCGCGGGGUGGACGGAGCGAUACCUGCCCUGCUGGAUCCACCUUGGCCGUACUCCAUCUGCUAUGUUUGUCCUUGGGUCAUACCUGGGCUCUAUGCCCCCCCUCCCUGCUCUGGUCCUCACCCAUUUGCCCUUUGGAGAUGAAAUCUAUCAGUACCCCCCCAACACCCCCAUAGUGGCCCGCUCUGUCCGCCAGUGGCUGCAGAGGGUCGAGGAUGGCGUGGAGUCACCAGCAGGGAUGUUGGGUGACGAGAGCUGGCCUCCUGCUUUCCAUUUCCAAGACUUCCUGAAAAUCAUAGACAUGCAGGAACCCCACUCCGCCCAGCAGCAAACUCCCGCAGUGAAAGAGGAGGAGGGCGAGAAAGAGGCGAAGGUGAAAGAAGACGUGGUGGUCGAAGAAGAGACGGAUUCCUCCUCCAGCUCUCCCACUUCUGCCAAUGACCCUACUAUCCACUCUGAACUGUAGAAUAGAAUAGAAUAAGAUGAGAGGGAACAUUAUUAAACAUG